CACCUGCCAAGAGCCUCACCAUUCUCAUCUCCGGCGGCGGAAAUUUCCACGGAGCGAUGCGUGGGGACCGACUCUGACAUUCUAACGCUUGUGGGGGCCGAGGACAUGGAUUGAUAGUGCAAUAACCGCAGUAACCCCGAUUUGGUAUGAUUGACGAACUGUUAGGCAAAAAAUGGUGCGGCGGCUCGUAAGAGAAGUAUAUACAAUGUAUUUAAGCAGUUAUCCAGCACUCUCUGUCACUCUUGCAUCUGCUACUGAAGGCUUGUCUACAGAACCUCUUCUUCCAUCAUGCAUUUCCCAGCCCUAACCCUGGCACUUCUUACGUGCGCAGGCACAUCAGUCGCAGCGGCGAACACAACAAAGCCAUACUCGACAUGGAUGGCCUCAUCCUUCCUCUCCAAAGGCCAGAAAAUCAACAACCACUAUGUAGCCUCGGUCAUACACGAGGGCAUCCAGAAAGCCGCAACGGCUCAAAAAGACUCUAAACUCCUCGCCUACGCCUCAGACGCCGUGUCUUCCCUUGUCACACCAAAUGGUACCUUGAUAGGCUGGAGGCCGACAUUCUAUACUCUCGACGAUAUCCGGAUCGGCAACAACAUCCUCUACUUCUGGAACUCAGAAGGUCGCAAGGAAAAGAAGUACGAAAUCGCCGCCAAGGGACUACGAGAGCAGUUGAACCGAUGGCCCAGGACUCCCAAGGGAGGCUUCUUCCACCGCGAUCCGAUUUACAAGAACCAGAUGUGGCUUGAUGGCAUCUACAUGGCUGAUACUUUCUACGCCACGUACGUAUCGUACUUUGAGCCCACGAACACGACGGCCUGGAACGAUAUUGCGCUGCAAUUCGACCUCAUUGAGGAACACUGCCGCAACAAGACGUCCAACUUGCUGCAACACGGAUACAGUGAGGAUAAGAAAGCCGUCUGGGCCAACCCAGUAACUGGCGCCUCGCCACACGUCUGGGACCGCGCUGUCGGCUGGUAUUUCGUCGCCUUGGUCGAAGUCCUCGAGGUUUACCCUUCGAACCUACCUGGUCACGCCCGUCUUCUUGAGUACUUGACUACUCUCGCGGACGGAGUGAAGAAGGCGCAAGAUGCCAGCGGUGGAUGGUGGCUGGUUAUGGACGAGCCGUACCCAGGCAUGAAGGGUAACUACAUCGAAUCGAGUGCCACAGCCAUGUUCACGUAUGCGUACUUGAAGGGUAUCAGACUCGGUCUGUUGGACCAGUCUUACACCGCGACUGCUUCAAAGGCGUGGGAUCUGAUGAUCGAUGACUUUGUUCAGCACGAGAAGAACGGCACACUCAGCUGGACCGGAACUGUCGAGGUUGGUAGUCUAGCUGGAAACGCGUCAUACGAUUACUACGUUGGCGUCAAGAAGGCUAUCAAUGAUGGAAAAGGCGCCGGUCCGUUCAUGUAUGCUGCUACGGAGGUGGAACUAGCUCAAGCGUUGUAAUCGAGUUAAACUUGUCGACAGCAUUUGUUAGAGUUUAAUUUUUAUUUCAGUCCCAUUUGUUGGGUGGAGCCGGGAGUGCCUCAGGUUUUGGUCCUAUAAUUGGGAGCAUCUUAGAGACGUACUGUAGACUCUAGGCGAUGCUAUCAAGGAACUGAAAGCCAUUGUAAAUACUACGAGGGUCGCCCGGCUC